AUGGAGUCCGGCGCAAAAAGGAGACACAUUCCACACUGGCCGCCCUUCAAACAACCCUACCAACAGCUGGGGUCUGCAGACAAUGUCCAACUAACCCCCCUGCCUCCUACUGGCGGCUCGAGCCUGCCGAGCGCGAACUUCUUCAGUCCAGACUUCAACAGCAACACAGCCUACACCCCGGAUCCUCUGGCCAGUACACCACAACCCCUCCUCCCAUCCCCGAGCAAGGCGAGCACUGCGCGGUCGCAACGGAAAAGAAGAGGAUGGAGGACUAGUUCGCGGAUAGCGCUGGGUUGCGCAGUGUUGGUGCUGGUAACCAAUGUUUGCUUGACCAUUGGAGUAGUGACGGGGGGUAUGGACAUGAUGGGUGGCAUCUACAUGGUCUAUGCCGGGAGUUGUACAAAGACCGAAAUGAAGGACACCUGGAUUCAUCUGGCGCUCAAUAUUGUGGCCACCGUUUUGCUGGCAAGCUCGAACUACUGCAUGCAACUGGUCUCGUCUCCUACUCGCAGCGAACUCGACAAGGCCCACGCCAAGCAGAGAUGGUUGGACGUCGGCAUACCCAGCAUCCGAAAUCUCGGUUCUCUGCGAAAGAAGAAGGUCAUUCUGUGGUGGCUUCUGGGGAUUUCAUCAAUCCCACUCCAUCUGGUUUACAAUUCCAUCUUCUACUCUGCCCUUGCGACGAACAACUAUAGUGUCCUGUACGCCUCCGAAAGCUUUGCACAGGGCGCUAGCUACGACAAGACCCAGUUUCCCGACAGCGAAGAAUGCAAUGUUACCGAUAUCCAGGCCCAUGCCGCCAAGGACUUUGUCAGGCUCAACAAUGAGGAUUGCAUCCACGCAUAUGCACGGGAUUUUGUUGAGGAUCGCCGUAAUGUGAUUGUGGUGGUCAAGAAUCCUCCUCCAAACGAGGGUUCCCUUUUCAAGAUUGCCGACAACGAAUUCCCCAAGGUCAUCACCAGCAAGUACAAUGCUUUUGCGUGGAUCUGUGACGAUCCUGAUGUUGUCAAUCAAACACACGCAUGCUGUGAGAACCAAUGGGGGUUUGUGCCAUGCUCGAAGAUCACGCCGAAACUGGUCGACAUCGCGGAUCAGUGGUCUACCGGCGGGUUUGAAGUCGACCAUUGCCUCUCGGAGCCCGUGGAAUCCCAAUGCCACUUGCAUUUCUCCCUCAUCCUUAUGAGCGUGGUUCUGGCCUUUAAUAUUCUCAAAGUUGUCGGAAUUGCCUACGUCACCUUCUGGUUAGGCGAGGCUCCCCUGGUGACCGUGGGUGACGCGCUACAGUCCUUUCUGCGCAAUCCUGACUCCACGACGGAGGGAAUGUGUUUGGCAAGCCACUCGAGUAUUGUCGCCUCGUCCAAGCUUGGCUACAAAUCAAUGCCCAUGAGAUACGACCCUCAACAGCAUCGAUUUUUCGAAGCCGCAACCUGGAAACAGUGGGCUUUUCUAUUAGGCUUGUUCACAUUCGUGGGCGCGGGGACGGCAGUCUGCCUCGCACUUGGAAUCGAGAAUCUGAAGGGCGACAGAACUAUCCAGAACGCAUGGUCGAUCGGCUUGAACACAGUCAAACCCCAAAAUCUGAUCAUGGGGUGGAAUCUACCGGGCUACGGCAACACUUCUAUCGCCAUUUCCACACUCAUAGCCAACGCUCCGCAAGCGUUGUUCUCCUUCCUCUACGUUUGCUACAACAGUCUCUUCACAGUCAUGUUCCUGUCACGCGAACUGAUGCGGUUCAGUGUCACGGCUGGUCGAGGACGGAAGUAUCUGCGCGUUAGUGAGGCCAAAGGCGAGCAAAAGUCGACAUAUUUCCUCAACUUGCCGUUCAAGUAUGGCAUACCUCUGCUUGUCGGCUCGGGGUUGAUGCACUGGCUUGUGUCGCAGAGCGUCUUCCUGGCAAACAUUGCUAUUAUUCCUCGCGACGGGACAGUGCCUAUGCAAGACGAGAUUACCACGGUGGCCUAUUCGCCGAUAGGUAUGCUCUUCCUCCUCUUUCUGGGCUUUGUCCUCCUCGUUUUCCUCAUCGCCACGUCAUUUCGGAAGCUACCCUUUGGAAUGCCCAUUAUCGGGAGCAACUCAAUGGCCAUCAGUGCUGCGUGCCAUCUGCCGCCAGGCACUGACCAAAGCGAACGCGAGGAAAUAGUGCUAAGACCGCUGAACUGGGGUGCCGUGCCCGGUUCAGGCAAAGUCAUGGACUUGGGUAUCCAUAAUCCUUACACUCAGAGCUUUCAAAGCGGUGACCUGGACGAGGACGGAACCGGCUUUGGACACUGUUGCUUCAGUGACCGGGUCCUGGAUCCGCCAGUGAAGGGCAAAUUCUACAUCUGA